GCCCAAGCAAUGAUAUCCGGCCCACAGGGUAUAAUUGUAAUACCCAUUAAACUGCACAAUUGAAUUAGCCCUAGGGUUUUACAAGCAGCUCUCAUAUUUAUUUUCGUCUUCUUCGUCUCCACACACUCCAUCACCGCAGAUUUGCAGAGCUCCCCGCCCCCGCCGUACAGAAGCACAAUGGAGGCCGCCGUCCCUGCCGUCGCAGUUGUAGAUGAAGUCCAGGAUAAGAGUCGCAGCGAGGUCAUGCUCUUCAACCGGUGGUCCUACGACGGAGUUGAGGUUAGUGACAUUUCUGUUGAGGAUUACAUCACUGCAACUGCUUCAAAACGCCCUAUAUACAUGCCCCACACUGCUGGGAGGUACCAAGCAAAGCGGUUCAGGAAGGCUCAGUGCCCAAUUGUUGAAAGGCUGACCAACUCGCUCAUGAUGCACGGUAGAAACAACGGCAAGAAGUUGAUGGCCGUCCGCAUUGUCAAGCAUGCUAUGGAGAUCAUCCACUUGCUAACUGACCAGAACCCAAUUCAAGUCAUUGUUGAUGCUGUCAUCAACAGUGGGCCAAGGGAAGAUGCGACCAGGAUUGGUUCUGCUGGUGUUGUGAGACGUCAAGCAGUGGAUAUCUCACCUCUUCGUCGCGUUAAUCAGGCUAUAUACCUCCUGACAACUGGUGCUCGAGAGAGUUCCUUCAGGAACGUAAAAACCAUCGCUGAAUGCCUUGCUGAUGAACUCAUCAAUGCUGCUAAAGGGUCAUCUAACAGCUACGCCAUCAAGAAGAAAGAUGAAAUCGAGAGGGUGGCCAAGGCCAAUCGUUAAGAACAUUAAGAGAGCAGCAGUUUUGGUUUGGAUUGUAUCUUUUUUUAGGAUGUUUGAACAUGAUGGGAUUUUGUGGUUUUGUCUUCCCAAUUAUGGGUACUUCGUUCUCUGUUUCUUAUUCUAAGACCACUCACAGCUGUUGAAAACCAUUUGAGUUCUUUUGGUUUCUUAUAUAGAUUGUCUCAAUUUAACUAUUAA